AUGAAAAGAAAUAUUCGACAUUGGAACGCUACCCAGGCUUUACGCGAUGCUCAAGAAAAUAGCAGUAUAAGUAAUAGUAUUAGUAAUUCCAACAACAAUAACAAUGACACGCAAAGAAAGUCGAGUAACAGCGGUCGGACAACACCGACCGGUAGUACCACGCGGAGUGGUUAUACACCCGUCUCGAAUAUGAACGAUGCACUGGACGAAAAACAGUAUGGUGAGAUGGAAAGCGCAUUGAGGCUAUACGAGGAUGAUCAUUACAUUCACGCCUUCGUCAUUCCAAAUUAUGAAGAACCUGAACCUUUAUUAAGGGAUACGAUCAAAAGAUUAGCACAACACAGGAAUUCAUCAACGACCUAUGUGAUUGUGCUUGCAAUGGAGGCAUCUGAAACAAAUCAUGCCGAAAAAGCUGCGAAUUUAAAAAAUACAUUUGAAGGAAGUUUUCGAGAAUUCAUAAUCACGGUGCAUCCGAAAGAUGUACCCGGUGAAAGCAAAGGCAAGGGAAGUAAUGUGGCGUAUGCUGCACGAAUGGCUUGUGCCGAACUUGUGCGAAAUGGAUUUGACAAACGGAAUGUCGUGUUCACAAUAACGGAUUCUGAUUCAGCCAUACCUGAGCUUUAUAUCCGUCAUGUGGAAAGAGCACUCACCGAAUCUGAUGAUCCAUACGCGACUAUUUGUUCACCACCAAUCUUCUUUUCGAGAAAUGCAUUGGAUGUUCCUGCUGCUGUACGGGUUCUUGCAGAGAAAGUAGGAUUUUGGGAUACAGAUCAGGAUGCAGUUGGAGAAGAUUUACAUAUGUGGCUAAAAUGUUUCUUUAAGACAGGUGGAGCAGUAAGAACAGCACCGAUAUUUGUUCCAAUUAAUCUCACAAAUGUACAAACAACUGGCUACGUAUCAAAUUUACAUGCACGUUAUGUACAAGCAAAACGACAUUAUAAUGGGGUUGCCGAUGCACAUAUGAUCCCGGCGACAUCGGGCUGGCUCAUGUUUGCCGCAGUACCAGUAACUCAAUUCCUAUUAAUAUCAACAUAUUCACCACUCUCCUCAUAUUAUCCGACCUUUCAGAAUCCAAUUGACGCCUCAGAAUUCUACGCAUUCAUGUUCUCGUUGGUGCAAGUGAUUGGAGUAUUAUUACCGAUGCCGUUAUUAUUGAUGACUGUUCUUUACGAAGGGUUACAUCGCACUGUGGAUGCUGAGCUAUUUAGAAAGGAUCCGAAGGAAGGUAGAACAUGGAAAAACAUUGCUGACUAUGCUUGGCUCCCCGUGAGCGCAUGGUUAUUCAUGACUUUACCUAGUACUUUGGCUUGUGUAAAACGACUAAAAAGGGGCGAAGAGAAAUAUGUUGUGUCUGAAAAGCAUUUUUCGGAAAAUUUAACACACUAA